UUUUUUUUUAAAUCUACAGCAAAGUGGAAGUAGCUGCAUGGAUCAGGUUGUAGCCUAAAUAAUGUCUAUUUGUUCAAGCAAAUUACCCAAAUUUACAGAGUUUGGGAAGAAAAUAGUUGGCGUUGGUGCUAAUUACAAUGCUCUGCUUGAAGCAUUUUUCAAUGGUAAAAAACCAACAGCACCAAUAAUAUUUCUGAAACCACCUUCAGCCUAUGUUACAGUUGGUAAACCUAUACGGAUUCCAAAAAUUUGUCAAAAUGUAAAUUAUGAAGUGGAACUGGGAGUUAUUAUUGGUCAAAAAGGAUUUGAUAUUCCAGAAAAUAAGGCUAUGGAUUUUGUAGGAGGAUACACAUGUGCCUUAGAUUUAACCGAUUUUGGUACCUUAGGGACGUCGAGAGAAGCUAGAGGACCUUGGUCGUUGGCGAAAGGAUUUGAUUCGUCGUGUCCAGUGGGAGAUUUUAUUCCCAAAAAUCGUAUCCCAGAGCCCGAUAACCUGAAAAUAUGGCUUAAGGUUAAUAACACACUAAAACAAGAUGACAACACUGGAAAUCUUAUCUUCACCUUACCCCAGCUUAUAAGCUACAUCAGUAAAUAUAUGACUCUAGAGCCAGGAGAUCUCAUAGUAACGGGAACACCUGAUGGAUAUGGACCCGUGUCACAUGGUGAUAAAAUCAAAGCUGGCCUAGGCGAUGUAACUGAAAUCAGUUUUGAAAUUGAACGACUUUGAUAUUGAAAUUAAAGUAUUGUUUUUCAAUAGUUUGUC